GGUGUACAAAACAGAAAUUGCAAAAUAAGUAUACACGAGCCUUUCACUUCCUUUCCCCAAAAAAAAAUUUUACAACCCAAACCGGCCAAACACUGCCCUAAUUCGAGGAUAAUAAAAAACAGCAACUGUUUAUAUCGGCAACUUUCGUUAAAGCGUUGUUUGUCAGAGACUUUGGUGCGUGUAUACAUACAAUCUCUAUCUCCAUCUGUAUCGCAUAUACGACUGCACAGUGCCCCCAACUCACAAUCUCAAAAAGUCAACACCAUGUUAGUCGUUGGUUGCUUUCUAGCCAGGUUUUGAUGAUGUAGUGGCUUUAUUCACAUGUGAAGUGUAAUAAAAUUAUAGAAAUAGAGUGAAAGUAGUUGUGACUAGAGUUCUGAAAGUGAGUUUCAAUUGCCACCAGUUAGAUUUGGAGAUAAAUGUCAUUCCGCAGUAUAGUUCGUGAUGUGCGAGAUAGUAUCGGGAGCUUAUCCAGGCGAAGUUUUGAUGUAAGGGUUUCAUGUCAUCACAGAGGAAAAUCACAUGGUUCAUUUAAUGACCUCGAUGAUCACCCUGUCAUAGUACAGAACAGUCGCUGGGCUAAUCUUCCUCCUGAGCUACUUUAUGAUGUCAUUAAAAGGCUAGAGGAGAGUGAAAGUACAUGGCCAGGUCGAAAGCAUGUUGUUGCAUGCGCUGCUGUUUGCAAAUCAUGGAGGAGUAUGUGCAAGGAUAUUGUCAGAAACCCAGAGUUCUGUGGGAAGCUGACAUUUCCAGUUUCUCUGAAACAGCCAGGAUCUCGUGAUGGGGCUAUUCAGUGCUUUAUAAAGCGGGAUAAGUCUAAUUUGACUUACCACCUUUUUCUCUGUCUUAGCCCUGCUUUGCUAGUUGAAAAUGGAAAGUUUCUUCUGUCUGCAAAAAGAACGCGACGAACAACUUGCACAGAAUAUGUGAUCUCUAUGAAUGCAGAAAAUAUUUCAAGGUCCAGCAGCACCUACAUUGGAAAGCUAAGAUCGAAUUUCCUUGGCACAAAAUUUAUUAUAUAUGAUACCCAGCCUCCACACGCUGGUACCCAUGUUCCGCCACCAGGCAGAUCUAGCCGUAGAUUCUAUUCCAAAAAGGUCUCUCCUAAAGUCCCAACAGGCAGCUAUAACAUAGCUCACAUCACAUAUGAGCUUAAUGUCCUUGGCACCCGUGGUCCGAGAAGGAUGCACUGCAUUAUGCACUCAAUCCCCAUCUCAGCCCUUGAGGCAGGUGGCACCGUUCCUGGGCAGCCAGAGCUCCUACCUCGCUCUGUUGAUGACUCAUUCCGAAGCAUUUCCUUCUCAAAGUCUCUUGACCACUCAGUGGAGUUCAGCAGUUCACGCUUUUCUGAAAUUGGUGCUGCUGCUGUUGCUUGCAGUGAAGAUGAGGAAGGGAAAUCAAAACCCUUGAUUCUGAAAAACAAGGCACCGAGAUGGCAUGAACAGUUACAGUGCUGGUGCCUGAAUUUCCGAGGACGAGUUACAGUAGCCUCUGUUAAGAACUUUCAGUUGAUUGCAUCCACACAGCCAACUGUCACGGCUGCACCAACAACUUCCCAGCCAGCGCAACCUGAACAUGAUAAAGUCAUAUUGCAGUUUGGUAAGGUAGGAAAAGAUAUGUUUACUAUGGAUUAUCGCUACCCGUUGUCUGCUUUCCAGGCAUUCGCGAUCUGUUUAAGCAGUUUCGACACCAAAUUGGCUUGUGAAUAAAAGAUUGAAAAAGAAGAUUAUCUUCAACUCUAGAGCUAUAAAAGGAUUGCAUAAAGAGGAAUAGCAUGUCUUCUGUAUUGUUAAUUUCUGUUCAAGUCGUCUCCUUUAGACACCAGAGUAGGAGACUCUUGUUAGUGUCAUGUUUGUUGUAAACUCAACUGUAACAGUAGCCCUAUGCUCUGCUCUUUGGGUGCUUCGACCUUUCUAAUCUCAAUUUUAUCUGUCUCA